CUUUUAAUUGACUCGGACGAUCAAUUGAUACUUCAUCAAGACAACCAAAUAAUCUCAAUGGCAGCCUCUUCGUCGUCGCCAACGACGUCGUCGUCGUCCUCCGACGCAUCUCGCCAUCGCCGUCGCCGCCACCAUCGCCGCCACAGAACCGAUAGAGACUCUCUCAGAGUCAGCAAAAAGAGUCGCUCCCACACCAAACGUCGUCGUAGGCGUCAUUCAUCCUCUUCCUCUGAAGGCUACACCACCUCCUCCGACGAAGAUUACAGUUCUUCUGACAGUGAACAUGAAGUAACCCAUCAUCCAAAGAGGCAUAAACGGAGUGAUAAAUCGAAGAAGACCAAAGAUAAAGACAAAGGGAAAAGUCAUAGUCAUAGACGUCAUAAACAAAAAGCUAAAGAGAAGCAGCAGGAGGAGAAUAGUGGUCCUGUGCAGCUUUCUAAGUUUUUGGGAAGGGACAAAGAUGAUAGUGUUCGUCGCAGUGCCGUCUCUGGUAAAAAGAUAUUGUUGAAGCUGGAGAAAACGAAGGAGGACAAGUUAGCAGAGAACAAUCGGAACGAACUGCUGAAGUUCUUGAAUGCUAGUUAUGAUUGAUGUUAUCGAAACAGCAAUCACAUAAUUAUUAUCAUCGAAAAGGCAACAACCAGCGUUUGUCAUUCUAUGCAAUAUUCAAGUUUCUUAGCCAGAAAAUGUGACUUUUAUAGUGUUUGCUGGUUGUGAGAAGUGAUCUUCUUGGCCUUUGGGCAAAUAUUCAGGUAUGCUAGUUUAGGAUGUAAUUUUUGUGAUAUCCUGGCCCAGGGAAGUUCGAAAAGGGAACAUAUUACGUACUGGUAAUUGGUAUUGGUGUGGCUGUGAUUGCUGAGUUUUGUUUGUUAGAAACAAGAAGCAUGUUACAAGUGGUUCAAUGCA